GACAUAUUCUUCACGCGCAGAAGGUUGAAGCUGUUUCGCAGCCUCUUCUCCAUCCCCAAGGCAGCGCAACCACCGUACGUGACCUAUUGCACCUACUGUAGCACUAGAAUCAUAGGUUGUCUGUGUCUGCCUAAUUGCGCGAUCUUACCCUCCUUUUUUUCGUUCACUACCAGUACCUUGUUAGGGAAAUCAUCAAUCUCUGCGCAAGCUCUCAACGCCAGAGCUAGAUAUCUCGAACUUCUAUUCACCUUCACCAUAUCAACAAAGGCGCGCUUAGUUGCUGUUGCCCAUUGUCCUGGCCCCGCACUUGUUGCGCAAUAUUUUUUGCCACCUGGCUUUAGUCGAGGCUCUUUGGUGUCAUUCCAUUUUUCCCCUCCGCCACCUCUCACGAGGCUCUAAUACCUCCUCUGUGCUCGCAUCACGGCCCUCUCUGCCCCCGCCUCUACCGACUCACCCUCUCGCAAAAAGGGUCUUGGGCGCAUCCUACCACUCACAUCUCUUCCGAUUUGCAUAGCAGCAACCUCUCUCGAAUCAACACACCGCUCAUCCUCUUCCUGUUACCGCAACCAUGUUCUUCAUUCACGAACUCAACCGCACUAUUACGCUUCAUCCAUCUUACUUUGGUCCUCAUAUGAGAGACUACCUUAUCCAUAAACUUCACGAGGAUGUUGAGGGCUCCUGUACUGGGCGCUAUUUCAUCAUCUGCGUUAUCGAAUAUGAGAAUAUUACUCUCGGGCGAAUUAUUCCUGGCAAGGGCGACGCAGAAUUCACAAUCACCUACAAAGCUGUUGUCUGGCGCCCAUUCAAGGGUGAAACUGUCGACGGCGUGGUUAGUUCUGUCAAUAAGAUGGGCUUUUUUGCUGAAGUUGGCCCAUUGACUGUUUUCGUUUCGAGCCAUCUCAUCCCCCGCGACAUCAAAUUCGACCCGACUUCCAAUCCGCCGCAAUUUUCGGACAAUGGGGAUCAGAUCAUCAAUAAGGGCGCCCAUAUUCGCAUCAAGUUGAUGGGAACUCGAAGCGAUGUGGGUAAAAUGCACGCAAUUGGUAGCAUCAAAGAGGAUUAUCUUGGGUAUGACAUACCCAACUAUGUGGAAAUGUUUGUGUUUAACUGAUAUGAUCCCAGAGUUUUGUGAACGAACGGCGUUUCUGUGCCGUCCGCUCCUUGGGUGUUGCUCCUCCUAACCUUAUAGGAAGCCCGAAAACAAACACUUCAGCUUAAUUCUUACCAUUUAGUCAUGAGCCGUCUAUAGAUCCCUAUCUUUUGAUUCUUCUUUCCUUGGAUUUUAGCUUGAUCCGCCUCUUCUCCUGGACCUAUGGGUACAGCUUUGCGUUCCUGUUUCUCUUGUUUCCUUCUCUUCCUUAAUCCCUUCUCGUAGGGGUGAGAAGGAAACCUGCCAACGAAAUAGAUUGAACAGGGCAAGAGGCCUAAAGAAAAUUAAAGAUUAGAUUUCUGAUGA